AUGGCAAAAGGGCACAAUGUUGCUGCUGAGGGCCCCAAACGCGGGGGCCCCAACAGCAGCCACAGGGGCCCCUGGAGGCCCCUAGGGGCCCCUAAGGGCAGCCGAGGGCCCCACAAAAAGGGCCAGCAGCAGCAGCAGCACCUGCAGCAGCAGCAGCUGCAGCAACAGCAGAGGAAGAGGAAGGCGCAGCAAGAGCGCAGCAGUGGCGGCGACAGCAGCGCUGAAGACGAGUUCCCAACAGGCUCAGCAGGAGGAACAGCAGCAGCAGCAGCAACAACAGCAGACAGCUGCAGCAGCAGCAGCAGUGGGGUUACUUCAGCUGACAGCAGCGAGGAGCUGCGCUGCAGCAGCGACAGCGAAAUAGAAAGUGAAGACGCUGGGGUUUAUGAAGAAGACCUGGAGGGGCCCCGGGGGGGCCCCCUGGGGGCCCCCAGGGGGGGCCCCCUGGGGGCCCCCCAAGAUGGGUUUCAAGAGGCCUUGGGGAAGCAGCUGAAGCAAAACCAUCCGGAGUUUUUGGAUUUUGUUUUAGCUGCUUCUGAGAAGGGCCACGGGGAGGGCAACAGCAGCAGCGGCAGCAGCAGCAGCGGGGAGGAGUCUGCUGCAGCAGCAGAGAGCAACGACGAGGCUCAGGACGCCCCGCGGCAGCAGCAGCGGGAGCAGCAGCGGCAGCAGCAGCAGCAGCAGCAGAAAAGAAUGCUGACGCAAGAACGGUUUCUGGGCAUCUGCAAGGCAGUGGGCAUAGACCCUCUCAGUAAGCCGGCAGCAGCAGCAACGCAGCAACAGCAGCAGCAGCAGCAGCAGCAGCUGGGGACCCUUCGGGGGGCCAAGCUGCUGCUGGAGGCGCUGCACUCCGCCGUGCUGCAGCUGGCGCCGAAGCAGCAGAACACAACAGCAGCAGGAGCAGCAGCAAUAGCAGCAGCAGCAAAUGCAGGGGAGCGCAGCAAAUUCAAAGCUGCGAAGCAGCUGCAGGUGGACGAGGACGGCGCGGUGCAGCAGCAGCAGCAAAGCAAAGCGGCCCUCAAGCAGCUGAAGCAGCAGCAGCAGCAGCAGAAGCAGCGCAAGGCCGGAACCUUAUUUGUUCUGCCAGAUGCAGAAACUUGUUCAUUUGUAAUUCUUGCUGUUGUGCGAGCAGCAGAUCAUUUGUUUACGGGCCUUUCUUGCCGCAGCAGCAGCAGCAGCAGCGCAGCAGCAGCAGCAGCUGCUGCUGCUGCUGCGCCUGAGGUGACCGGCAGCUUGCGCUGGCUGGUGAAAGGCUUCUGGGGGGACAUAACCCAUUUGCUUCUGACGAUGCGGCAGGCAGGAGCAGCAGCAGCAGCAGCAGGCAGCAGGGAACUGGUGCUGCAGCUGCUGCUGGCCAUCAGCAGCAAACAGCUGCUGCGGUGGGGCCUCGCGCAGGAAGCAGCAGCACGGCGGCUGCUGCAGGUGGUUUGCCGCUGCUGGGCCUUUUCGCAGGAGCCGCAGCAGCAGCUAGCAGCAUUUGCUGUGCUGCGGAGCACGCUGCUGCUGCAGCAGCAGCAGCAGCCAGCAGGUGCAGCGCAGGGCACUGCGAAGGGUCGGAAGGGCGGCGGGGGCGCAGCAGCAGCAGCAGCAGCUGUUGCUGCGGAGCUGAAGGAGCAGCAGCUGCUGCAGCAGCUGCUGCGGUCCUACCAAAGAGCUGCAGCAAGGCUGGGGCUGCGGCGAACUUGGAGAGCAGCAAAUCGCAUGCAGCUGCUGCUGAAUGAAAUGAAAGAGCUGCUGUCUUUAGCAGCAGCUUCUACAGCUUACAGAGUUGCCUACCAGUCCAUUCGAGAGUUGGCUCUGACGGUCCGCAGCGCCGUGGCAGCAGGAGGCGCAGCAGCCCCUGCUGCAGCAAGUAGCAGCAGCAGCAGCAGCAGCAGCAGCAAGAAGGGGGGGGCCAGAAGCAAAGCAGCACACCGCAAAAGACACCGGCAGCAGCAAGUGCAUGCGCUGCUGUUCAGCUGGUCUUUUGUGCAGAGCUGCGGGUUGUGGGGAAGUUCCAUUUUGCUGCAGCAGGGGCGGUUGCUGCCGCUGCUGCUGCCUCUCGUGUCCGUUGCUGCUGCUGCAGUCAAGCAGCAGCAGCAGCAGCUCGCCAGCGCCCCCUUUUGCCUCAACCUCCUGGACAUUCUUGCAAAGGCAGGAGCAGCAGCAGAUGCUCUUGUGCCCGUUGCUUCUUCUCUCGCUGCUGUGCUGCAGCUGCUGCUGCAGCAGCACGCAGCAGUCUGCAGGCGCGGCAGCAGCGCCGCUGCAGCAGCAGCAGCAGCGCCGCAGCACAACAAAAGGAAGAGACCAGCAGCAAAGACUGACGCUGCUGCACCGCAGCAGCUCAAGUUGCAGCUUGCUGCUACGGCGCAUGCAGAGACUUGCCUCAAGAUUGACCAUGCGGAGCAGAACUCCAUCCACGCGCUGGAGUCACUCGUGGACUUCGGCACUUACGUGCUGGCGGGCCACUUGGCGCAGCUUGCUGCGCAUCCUGCGCUGCCGGAGUUGCUGCUGCCAAUUUUGUCUUCUUUGAAGCAAAUUACGAAGAAAUGUGCCCACUUCGGGGCAGCCAAGAAGCUGCAGCAGCUCUCUUCAGCAGCAGCAGCAAGCGCAGAAACAGUAAAGAGGCUGCGGCUGUCUCUCACUGAUUUGCCCGUCGGUCGAGUUGCUGUUCUUCCAAUAGAGAAGGAGCGGCAGCAGCUGCCCAUUUUGGCCUUCUACGAAAGACUAGUUAAGGAGAGGCAGCAGGCGAUGGCCGAUGGCAUUAAAGAUGAAGCAGCAGCAGCAGAACACCGCAAGAAGAAGGCAAUUGAAGAAACCCUAACUGCGAAGCAGCUGAAGAGACGCAGACAAAAGGAGAAGAAGAGGGCAGAGCUGGAGCAGCAGCAGCAGCAGCAGCAAGAGCAGCAGCAGCAGCAGCAACAGCAGACUGACCACGAGGGCCCCAGAAAGAAACGAAAGGAGACAAGCAACGCACUGGAGACAAAGACGCAGGCAGCAGCAGUAGCUGCAGCAGAGGAUGCCCUGGAGGCGUUCGACAGCGACUUCAGCGACGAGUGA